AUUGGUUGAUAGUGCGUUUGUUUAUUUUGAAUAACUUAUUUAGACUUUCAAAAAUGAUUUCUAUUCAAUUUAGUUAAUCGUUUUGAUUAUCGGUAUGGAAAUGGACCCAACUAUGGUUCAAAGUAUGGUUAUCCAUCACAAUUUAUGGACUCAAAUAAACCACCAUUUUCUUCCCCUGACUCUAUGAUUGAUGCCAAUAAUUAUUGGAGACACUUUCGUGAACGUUACCCACCAGCUCCACCUCAACCCUAUCAACCAUUGUCAUCUUUGAAUUCAGCACCAGGCUUAUCUCCAUAUUCAUCGUCAAUACUUCCUUAUCAUCCAACACAACCACUUUCUGCCUCCGCUUCUUCACUGCAAUCAGGGUUAACUCAGCUGUCUCCACCGUCUGCUCAAUCAUCUUUAAAUGGAUCACCAGUCUCCAGUCAACCACCUUUAUCAACCUUUGACGCUAAAUAUGGUCUAAUUCCGGGUCAAGUUAAUUUCCCUGACAACUCAGUUACAUUUGAUCAUAGGUUCGGUUGGGUUCCAAGGUAUCCAAAUUAUGCUCUUUCUUCUGGAAACAACUAUUACAUGUCCCAGGGUCAACCUCACUCAUAUUCCAACCCUAAAGUUACUCGUGGAACUGCCGAAAUCAAAGGGUCUGAUAAUAAAAUCACAGGAUCCAUUAGUUUUGAGCAGGAGGAGAAUGAACAUGUAACCAUUCGAGGAAAGAUACUUGGCCUAUCUCCUGGGGCCCAUGGUAUGCAUAUUUUAGAGAAACCUUUGACUGGAAACGAUUGCUCCUCAGGAGGUGAUCAUUAUAACCCACAGAAAACUGAACAUGGCGGUAAAUACGAUUGGAUUCGUCAUGUUGGUGAUCUGGGUAACAUUUUUGCUGAUCGAGACGGAAUAGCUUAUUUUGAUCUCACUGAUCAAAUAAUAAGUUUAUCGGGAGGUUACUCUGUAUUAAACCGAACCAUCGUGGUAACUGAGAAAGCCGAUGAUUUAGGACGUAGUGGUGACCUCGAAAGUAAACGAACAGGAAACUCUGGACCUGCAAUUGCUUGUGGCCUAAUUCAGUUGGCUAAAUUUUAGAAUCCAUUUUCCACCAAGGACAUCAAUCAAGAACCAUUUGUUGACAAAUCUGUACAACUUAUUUUUUUACGUUUUCCUCCACUCAUCUUCAUUUUUCAUUUCUUGUAUGUUUUUGCCCUUCAAUCUUUGCGAUUCUUUUCUUAUUAGCAAAUUGAUACUUGUUUUAUCAUGAAUCCUUUUUAUCUCAAUACAGCAGUGAGAGAUUUAAUCACAUGUAUUACGAAUAUUUCCUCAAAGUUGCUUCAUAAAUAAAACUUGAUUUCAGGAGAGAAA